GCUAAAUAUAACACACGUGCGGCGCACUCUCGUGUGGCUCGUGUCGUGGAAUUGCCUGUUCAGGAGAUGGGACCGAAAGCCAAGAAAAAGGAGCCAGAGCCAGAAGACAACGGCGUCACCCGGGCGAUGGUGGUCGCCAGCUACACCAAGAUGUGCAGGGCCAUCGGUGUUCCUGUCAAUGCGCAUGUGACCGAAAUGAUCAAAGGCAAGGGGGAGGAGGCGGAUGAGAAGUUGGCGCAGGUAGUUGUCGACGAAGAGUUUGGCAACCUCGGCAACGGGGGCAUACGAGCCAUGACGUGUGCUUUCCUGGGGACGGUGCCACACAACAACACAGGGCCGUACCAGCAUCUCGCAAACGUCCGUGUGUGGAAUAACGCGAUUGGCGACGAAGGCGCGUCGGCCAUUUCGACGCUGCUGAGCGAGGGGAGUGCCCUCGUGAACGUGCUGUACGUGGAGCUCAUGGACUGCGACAUUGGGCCAGAGGGCUGCGCGAUGCUGGCCGACGCGCUCAAGCCCGAGAGGAAGUCGCCUUUGCAAACUUUAAAACUGAACUGCAACAACAAGAUUGGCAACGACGGCGUUUACGCGUUAUGCCAAGGAUUGUUUGCAAAUCACACGAUCAAGCAACUGCACUUGGACUUUUGCAAUGUAUCGAGCGACGGCGGCGUGGUGCUGGCCCAGCUUUUGUGCAUGGCAAAAAGCGCGCUUGAGACGCUCAGUCUACAGGGCAACAUGCUCGGCGAUGCCGGGCUCCUCAACAUCUCCAAAGGACUCAAGCGAUCGCAGUCGUUGGUGAAGCUCAACGUGUCUGACAACGGGAUUCGAAAGGACGUCGACGCGCUCACCACGUUUCGGGAUGCGAUUCUGCGAUGCAAAACGCUCACAACCAUCAAGUUUGCAUUCAACUUCAUCGACGCGGAAGGCGCAGACAUCUUGCUUCCAGCACUAUCGUCGGCGGAAGGGUCCCGUGUCACGGUGUUCGAAGUCGACGCGUCGCUUCCCCCUGACGUCUUUCAGAAGCUCAACCGCGGCGAAAAGGCCGACGGGAAGAAGAAGAAGGGCGGCAAGAAAGGGAAAAAGAAAAAGUAACAAUGUCCAGGCACCAGAAUCGUGUGUGCGUUUGCCGAUGCAUGGAUCGGUGGCCGCCGUCUGUGUAAUAUGACAAACGUGCCUGCGCUGGUCUCGCCGCAAGCAUGGGCGCACCCAACGCCCUCACC